CACCCGCCGCAGGCACCAAGGUGGCGGCAGCGAAAGCCAUGGAGAAUGCAGGCGCAGGCGCAGGCGCAACCGCCAGCGGCAAUACAUCCCCAACCACCGCCUCCGGCCGAUCCUCCCCUUCCCGCGCCGAACAAAAAGCAGAGGCCCGACGAGCCGACAUGGUCGCGCAUGAACAAGCCGCCGAAGUUGACGAAGAAGCGCUGGAAGAAAUGUACGGCAAAGAGCACGUCAACGUCAUCUUCCUCGGCCACGUCGACGCCGGCAAAUCCACCCUCGGCGGCAGCAUCCUCUACGCCACGGGCAUGGUCGACGAACGCACGAUGGAGAAAUACAAGCGCGACGCCAAAGACCUCGGCCGAGAGUCUUGGUACCUUUCUUGGGCAUUGGAUCAAACGAAAGAGGAACGCGCCAAAGGCAAAACCGUCGAAGUCGGGCGCGGCUUCUUCGAGACGGAAAAACGUCGCUACUCCAUCCUCGACGCCCCGGGGCAUAAAAACUUCGUCCCCAACAUGGUCUCCGGCGCCUCGCAAGCCGACGUCGGCGUGCUCGUCAUCUCUGCGCGCAAGGGCGAAUACGAGACUGGCUUCGAAAAGGGCGGCCAAACGCGCGAACACGCCGUCCUCGCAAAGACCCAAGGCGUGAACAAACUCAUCAUCGUUGUAAACAAAAUGGACGACCCAACGGUUGAAUGGAGCGAGGACCGCUACAAAGAGUGCACAGCGAAACUCACCACUUUCCUUAAAGGACUAGGCUACAACCCCAAAAACGAUCUGACCUUCAUGCCCAUCGCCGCCCAACAAACACUGGGAAUCAAAACCCGCGUCCCCAAAGAUCUCGCCCCGUGGAACGACUCCCCCUCUUUACUCGAAUACCUCGACUCGAUGCAAACGCUCGAGCGCAAGAUCAACGCCCCCUUCAUGAUGCCCAUCGCGGCCAAGUAUCGCGAUAUGGGAACUAUGAUCGAAGGGAAGAUUGAGGCGGGCGUGAUUCGGAAGGAGACGAAGUAUCUCAUGAUGCCUAACAAGGCGGAGAUUGUCAUUUCGGCGUUGUACGGCGAGACGGAGGAUGAGGUUGAGCGGGCGGUUUGUGGCGAGCAAGUCCGGCUCCGUAUCAAGGGGGCGGAGGAGGAAGAUAUUUACCCCGGUUUCGUCCUCUGCUCGCCUAAACGACCGGUCCACUGCGUGUCAGCCUUUGAAGCGCAGAUCCGUUUGCUGGAGCUCAAGUCGAUCCUUUCGGCAGGAUUCAACUGCGUCUUACACAUCCACUCCGCUACGGAGGAAGUCACUUUCGCGGCUUUAUUGCACAAGUUGGAACCGAAGACCAAUCGCAAGAGCAAGAAGCCGCCCGGUUUCGCGAAACAGGGGAUGAACAUUGUGGCCCGACUGGAGGUGCAGGGAGGGGCGGGGAGUGUCUGUGUGGAGCGGUUUGAGGAGUAUCCCCAGCUGGGCCGGUUUACGUUGAGGGAUCAGGGGCAGACGAUUGCGAUUGGGAAGAUUACGAAGUUGAUUUUGGACGGGACGGGAGGGGGUGAAGGGCAGGGGGGUGGGGCGUAGGCCGGCUCCGUGGGUUUGGUGUUGUUGUUGUUGUUGUUUGUUGUUUUUGGGGCGGUUUGGGAGGAGGAGGAAGGUGGGGUGGGUUUUGAGUCUGUAGGCAUGACGAUGUAGUGAGGAGGAGGAGGUGGUGGGGUUGGUGACGGGAUGUAGUCUGUGUGCUUCUGUGAUGGGACGGUGAAAGCUCGUCACUUUCGCAAUGGGACGGUGA